GUUUUCAAAAUAUUUAGGUUGGCCUUCUGUCAAAGCGGGAAAGGUUUUAACCUCCAAAUAAAUGUUGAAAAAUGACCAUAAAAUUAAAUUUAAUUGCCGCAGCAUGCGAGAACAUGGGCAUUGGUAAAAAUAACAACCUCCCAUGGCGUUUAAAGACUGAAAUGGCCUAUUUUACAAAACUUACCUCAACUACUGAAGAUGCAAGUAAAAAGAAUAUUGUGAUAAUGGGUAGAAGAACUUGGGAUAGUAUUCCCCCAAAAUUUAAACCCCUCAAUAACCGAAUUAAUUUAGUGUUGUCCCGAUCAGAUUUAAAUUUAGAGGGAUACACAAACACCUACAGUUUUAAGAGUUUGGAUGAUGCUAUAAAGGAACUUGAAGAAAAUAAGUUUAAAGGGAAUUAUGAACAUGUUUGGGUCGUAGGUGGCAGUUUUAUUUAUAAGGAAUCCAUGGAGUCCAAAAAUUUCUAUAGAUUAUUUCUUACCAGGAUUUUAAAAACAUUUGACUGUGAUACUUUUUUUCCACCCUUAGGAGAUAAUUUAGAAUUAAUAAGCUUACCUGAUAUACCUCAAGAAACACAGGAAGAAAAUGGUAUUAAAUUUGAAUACAAGGUGUACCAGAAUAAAAAUUUUAAGCAAUUUUAAGUCUGCAUUUUUGAAAGGUUAAAUAAAAACAAUACUUAACAAAGGAACAUAUAUUUUAUUCUUAAAUUACCCAUCAAUAACAUCACAUGUAGAAUAUAUUUCAAAGUAUAACUUUAAGCUUAAUAAACUCAUUUGUACCUAUUUACAUUUUUACAAACUUAAAAAUAAAUAUUUACAUUAGACAGUCUAAAAGAAUAGUUUAUGUACAUGAUCUAGUAACAAGUUUCAGUUUAAAAUUUAAAUAUUAAUUAUCACAACAGUGAAUAUACCUAAUGCUAAAAUAAUAAGUUCAACAAACGCUUGUCAAAUCAAUUAAAAAACUAAUCGGUAGAAAAUAAAAUUUUACAGUGCAUUUGUCAUUGACUCUUGACAGGAUUGUGGCAAUUGGUGUUUCUUAAUGUUUUGACUCAACUGGCGGUCGCCAAUAUUGGUCGCUUGAUUCGACCAAUCCCCUGUUUGGACCACAGUCCUGUAGAAUUUCGAUGUUGUUUUAUUAAAGAUGGGCAACAGUUCGUUGGCUUCAUUGGACAAAGCCUAAAAAUAACCAAAUCAUGUGAUUUAGUUCUUUAAUGUAGUGUUUUCAUUGGA